ACUGCUCCCCCCUUUCAACUUCAAAUGGGGGGUUCAAGCGUCCUCCGGUUAACGAGUCUCCACAUGUGUCCGAAUGAAAUUUUGCAGUUUCUGUCAACAUUUGUAUUUCUUAAAUUUAUAAUAUUGUAAUUAUGGCUAAGGAACGAAAAGGCACAUUUAAAGUUAACACUCUUUUAGAAAUUGAAAAAACAGUUCAAGCUGAUUGGGAAAAGCAAAACGUCUUUGAAGAAGAUGCACCCAUAUCUAAUGAUAAUGGGAUUGAAAAAUAUUUUACAACUUUCCCCUAUCCUUAUAUGAAUGGCCGACUUCAUCUAGGCCAUACAUUUUCUUUGUCAAAAUGUGAGUUUUCUGUUGGAUAUCAAAGACUGAAAGGCAAAAAGUGUCUUUUUCCUUUUGGACUUCAUGCCACUGGUAUGCCAAUUAAGGCUUGUGCAGACAAGUUAAAAUGGGAAAUGGAAACAUAUGGUUGUCCUCCUAAAUUUCCCUCAGAGAAUGUCCAAAAUGAAGUUUCAGAUGAGAAUGAAAUCAAACUGCCAACUGAUAAAGCUAAAGGAAAAAAGAGUAAGUUAACAGCGAAAACUGGAGCAGCUACUUAUCAAUGGCAGAUAAUGCAAUCAUUGGGUCUAGAAGAUGAUGAGAUUCAGAAAUUUGCAGAUACAGAGUAUUGGUUGGAAUAUUUCCCUCCUCUCGCUAUUCAAGAUCUUAAGUCAAUGGGUGUAAAAGUAGAUUGGCGUCGCACAUUUAUCACUACAGAUCGGAAUCCAUAUUACGAUUCUUUUGUUCGGUGGCAAUUUCUCAGACUGAAAGAAAGAGGAAAGAUCCAAUUUGGAAAAAGGUACACCAUAUUUUCACCGAAAGACAACCAGCCUUGUAUGGAUCAUGAUCGUAGUUCUGGAGAGGGUGUUGGACCACAAGAAUAUACUUUAAUAAAGCUUAGAGUGUUACCACCUCUUCCACAGAAACUAAGUACUUUCACAGGUUUCUCUGUGUUUCUUGUGGCAGCUACAUUGAGACCAGAAACAAUGUAUGGUCAAACUAAUUGCUGGGUAAGACCUGAUAUGAAAUAUGUAGCAUUCCAAAUAGUCAAUGGCGAUAUUUACAUUUGUACGCAUCGAGCUGCACGUAACAUGAGUUAUCAAGGCUUUACCAGUGAAAAUGGGAAAGUGUCUGUUUUGAUGGAAUUAGAGGGCAAGGAUAUCCUUGGUAUACCUCUCCAAGCUCCUCUAACAUCAUAUAAAACUGUUUAUACAUUGCCGAUGCUUACAAUUAAGGAAGACAAAGGCACUGGAAUUGUUACUAGUGUACCUUCUGACUCGCCAGAUGAUUAUGCUGCUUUGAGAGAUUUGAAGAAGAAGCCCGAUUUGAGAAAAAAGUUCAAUAUAACUGAUGAGAUGGUUUUGAAUUAUGAACCUAUUCCAAUCUUGAAUAUUCCUGGUUUUGGUGAUUUAGCUGCUGUUACAGUUUGUGAUGAAUUGAAAAUACAAAGUCAAAAUGACAGAGAAAAACUUGCUCUUGCAAAGGAUAAAGUGUAUUUAAAAGGCUUUUAUGAAGGUGUUUUAUUAGUUGGCAAUUACAAGGGACAAAAAAUACAAGAUGCCAAGAAAGCAAUUCAGAAAGACAUGCUGAACAAGAAUGAAGCUGUUUUGUACAUGGAACCUGAAAAGAAAAUUAUAUCAAGAUCUGGUGAUGAAUGUGUAGUUGCUCUAUGUGAUCAAUGGUAUUUAGACUAUGGUGAACCAUCUUGGAAGAGUCAAGCUUUAGAAGGACUGAAGAAUAUGAAUCUUUACCAUGAGGAAGUACGGAAGAACUUCGAAGCAACAUUUGAUUGGCUGAAAGAACAUGCCUGCUCCAGAUCAUAUGGUUUAGGUACUAAACUGCCAUGGGAUGAAAGUUGGUUAAUUGAAUCCUUGUCUGACUCCACCAUUUAUAUGGCGUAUUACACUGUUGCCCAUUUACUACAUGGUGGAGUAAAGGGUAGCAUUGAUGGGAGGAAAGGAUCUCCCCUAGCUAUAAAACCAAAUGAUUUGACUCCUGAAGUGUGGGACUACAUAUUUUUCAAAGAUGCUCCUUAUCCUAAAACAAAAAUGGAGAAAAGUGUUUUGUUGAAGCUGAAGCGAGAAUUUGAGUUUUGGUAUCCAGUUGAUGUCCGAACUUCAGGAAAAGACCUUGUCCCCAAUCAUUUGACUUAUUUCAUUUAUAAUCAUUGUGCCAUAUGGCCUAAUCAUCCUGAUAAGUGGCCCAAAUCCAUCAGAGCUAAUGGUCAUCUUCUUUUAAAUUCAGAAAAGAUGUCUAAAUCUACUGGAAACUUUCUUACACUUUCUCAAGCCAUUGAAAAGUAUUCUGCCGAUGGCAUGAGAAUGUCUCUGGCUGAUGCUGGCGAUGGAAUUGAAGAUGCAAAUUUUGUGGAAAAUAUGGCUGAUGCAGGAGUGUUGCGAUUAUAUUCAUUUUUGGAAUGGGUUAAAGAAAUGAUGGCCACCAAAGACCAGUUAAGAAGCGGCAAAGAAACUUACAAUGAUAAAGUGUUUGUCAAUGAAAUCAAUCACCUAAUUAGAGAAAGUGAACGAAACUAUGAGGAAAUGCUCUACAAAGAAGCCCUACGAACAUGCUUCUUUGAAUUCCAAGCUGCCCGAGACAAAUACAGGGAACUUACAGUAAAGGAACAAAUGAAUCGAGAUCUUGUUUUGAAAUUUAUUGAAAUUCAGCUUCUUCUUCUUAGUCCUAUUUGUCCACAUUUGUGUGAACAUUUAUGGAAACUUCUUGGAAAGAAGGAAAGCAUUAUGAAAGCAAAAUGGCCAAAAGCUGCUCCUGUUGACAGUGUUCUCUUAAAAGCAUCAGCAUAUUUCAUGGAUGUCGUCCAUACUUUCAGACUGAGGCAAAAGAAUUUAAAAGGAAAGAAAGGAGUUCCAGUGACUAAGCCUACACAUGCUAUAAUUUGGGUUGCAAGAACAUUCCCACCAUGGCAAUCUCUUGUUUUACAGACAUUGCAGAAAUUAUAUAAGGAACCUGAGGGUCUUCCUGAAAACAAAAUAAUAGCUGUUGAACUUGGCAAGCUCUCUGAAUUGAAGAAGUAUAUGAAAAAAGUGAUGCCUUUUGCUCAAGUCAUGAAGGAAAAAACAAAAAGUCUUGGAAUCAGUGCUUUGAAUCUUUUCUUGGAUUUUGAUGAAAUGGCUGUCCUCAAAGAAAAUAAAGAGUAUCUCCUAAGUACUUUAGAUUUAGAAGAGCUAUUAUUUAAAUACACAGAUGAAUCUGAUGAUAAAACACUUGAAGAUUGCUGUCCAGGUGAACCAAUUAUUGUGUACUCUACAGCGCCAUCUGUUACACUGAAAUUAAUUAAUCAACAACCCUGUAGUGGAUACAUGGAAAUCGAACUUCCUGUCUAUGAUGGUACCACUGUCCCUGGCUUAAUUUCUAGAAUUCGUAAAACACAAAAAGUACCAGAAAGCAGACAAGUGAAAUUGUACAGGUAUAAUGAUAUACUUGUGGGACCUAGAACUAUCCCAGUUUUGGGAAAAACAGAAAAUGGAAAAUCCCUCUUAAAAGAAGAAUCUAAGUUCUCUAUAGAACUUGAGAAAGCAAACAUCAUUCUAGUGGAAAAUGGAAAGAAAUUCGAAAUCGGUUCACAAGUUUCUUAUGUAGUAGAAUGAUUAUUUAUUGCUUUAAUAAAAUAAAGGACUAAUAAUUUUUA